AUGGGAGACGAAUACAAUGACAACCCCGGGCCUGGCGCUUAUUGCGUGAAAGACAAGGUCACAAGCAUCCAAGCACCACAGUACUCUAUCGGAGCUAAGCUAAAGAGCAGCGGCGGGGACGAAGGCCAACCAGGUCCCGGCUCUUACAGUCCAAUGACUCAAUACGCAGGGCCCAGUUACUCCCUACCUGCCAAGCUCAAACGGAAAUCCAAGGAUGACAAUCCAGGUCCCGCCACUUACUCCUCCCACACACGACUUACUCAGUCGUGCCCUCCGUCCUACAGCAUGGCAAGCCGGCUUGGCGAUUCUAGCAGAGGGAAGAAUCCGGGACCAGGGGCGUAUGAUCCCAAGCUAGCACAAGGCGGUCCAGCUUUCAGUUUGCGCACGAGAACGGCCGACAUAGCGAAGGAGCGAUUCCCCGGGCCUGGAGCUUACGAUCCCACCAUCCACAGUUGCAUUCCUGCCUACAGCUUAGCGAAACGGCUCAAUGGCGCGGCUGGAGACCAGAGCCCUGGUCCUGGAGCUUACAACACGCAGGGCAAGCGAGAUGGCCCGGCAUUCACUAUGAGAGGACGCCUUGACCACAACCGACCUCCUGGGCGAAACACCAAAUAG